GUAUAACGUUUUCAACAUAGUUUUCGCAACGGGCAUAUGGCAGUGGCAUUAUAUUUGACUUAGCUAUUAUUAAUAACACGUCUUCAUCUGAGUCACUAGAAAAAUCUACUAUGCAUCUCGCAAACUCUGAUAAAAUAAUAAUUUUCCAUUUCAGUAAAACCACUCUCAAGACUUCUUCAAACAAAAACGCUAUAAGAAAGAUUAUAUUUCUAUAUACAUCUGCCAAGUCACAGAAUUACGAAUAUCGUUCCGUUAUUGCAGUGCAAAAGUCAUCAUCAGUAAUAACAGAACGCUCCUGCAGCUCUACUGAAUGACGUCAUAUCGUCAGUACUUACAACAUCGUACGUGAAUGUGUAUAUAUAUAAGUACCUACGACGAUAGGUCGCUAGUACAGUUGAUCAGUAGCUUCGAUGCACAGCGGAACAAGUAUGGCAGAAGUGAAAAAAAAAUCACGUAUCGCUAUUGUCGGGGGUGGUUUGGUUGGAGCAUUAGCCGCAUGUUUUUUUGCUAAAAGGGGUCAUCAAGUGAUCAUCUAUGAAUAUCGAUCAGAUAUACGAAUGGAAAAUUCACAUGGUCAGAGUAUCAAUUUGGCGUUGUCAUUUCGCGGCAGAGAAGCUUUAAAGGCAGUCGGUCUCGAAGAUGUUUUGAUAAAUCAUCACGGUAUUCGUAUGCAAGGCAGAAUGCUCCAUGAUAAAAAAUGCAAUUUGAAAGAAAUUCUUUAUGACAGCGUUAAAGGAAAUUGCAUUUAUUCUGUUAGUAGACGACACCUCAAUGUAGUUCUAUUAAACGCCGCGGAAGAAUAUCCGGAAGUGCAACUUCAUUUCAACAGAAAGCUCAUGGACGCUGAUUUGGAAAAGGGAAAAAUGAAAUUUUUAAAUACAAAUACAGGAAUGACGGAAGACGCGGAAGCUGAUUUGAUAAUUGGUGCCGAUGGGGCAUAUUCAAGAAUACGAAGAAUUAUGGCCAGGAGACCGCUUUUUAAUUGCGCUCAAACAUACAUCGAGCAUGGCUACGUGGAACUUUCUGUGCCACGUAGAAAAGAUAACGAAUUUGCAAUGAAGGGUAAUAAUCUUCACAUUUGGCCGCGCGGUGAAUUUAUGAUGACUUCCUUGCCGAACGAGGAUCGUACAUUCACCGGCAAUCUGUUCGCUCCAUUUCACGUGCUCCAAGAACUGAAGACGCCUGAGGCAUUGUUAAAUUUCUACAUUGAACAUUUUUCGGAUUUUCUGCGAUUGAUCGGUAAAGAGGAACUGGUAAAGCAGUUCUUUGAAAGAAAACCGCAAACAUUAAUAUCUAUAAAGUGUAAGCCUUAUCACGUUGGAAAAACCGUUGUUAUAGUUGGGGACGCUGCACAUGCGAUGGUUCCCUUUUAUGCUCAAGGAAUGAAUGCUGGUUUCGAAGAUAUUCUACUACUUGAUGAAUUAAUGGAACGUUACGAUUCGGACUUCGCAAAAGUUUUACCGAAAUUUUCGGAAAUACGAUGCGAUGAUGGCCACGCAAUAUGUGAUCUCGCAAUGUAUAAUUAUCGUGAGAUGAGGGAUUUAGUGACAAGAAAAUCUUUUCUUCUUCGAAAAUUUCUAGACCAAGUUUUAUAUACGCUUAUUCCCAAUUCCUGGAUACCGCUUUAUUCUGCUGUGCAUUUUAGUCGCAUGAGUUUUCGCAAAUGUAUAACGCACAAAGAAUGGCAGGACAAGGUUUUAAGAACGAGUUUUUUGUGUUUUACAUUGCUGACUUUCGCUAUCUUAGUUGUUCCUUUUGUACGAAAUAUUAUAUAAAUUUAAUUGCUUGCCGACUAUCGUAAGUUAUGAUAAUAAUAAAAAUUAUACAACUAAUAAUUUCAUAUAUAUAAUAAUGGUAUUUUCAAAAAUUAUUCAAUUUUCAUGAUUUAAUAAUUCUAUUAAUCAUUAAUAUCUUUGUUUUUUAUCAUUAAGAUAUACAAACAAAAAAUAUGUAAAAAUUAACAUUUACAUGAUAAAUUAGAUAUUGAGCAUAUGUAAAUCAAUUUUUAAAUAUUACAUAUAUUUAGAAC